AUGAGGUCCCAGUGUGAGGUCAGAGCCUACAUGAGGUCCCAGUGUGAGGUCAGAGCCUACAUGAGGUCCCAGUGUGAGGUCAGAGCCUACAUGAGGUCCCAGUGUGAGGUCAGAGCCUACAUGAGGUCCCAGUGUGAGGUCAGAGCCUACAUGAGAGCCUACAUGAGGUCCCAGUGUGAGGUCAGAGCCUACAUGAGGUCCCAGUGUGAGGUCAGAGCCUACAUGAGGUCCCAGUGUGAGGUCAGAGCCUACAUGAGGUCCCAGUGUGAGGUCAGAGCCUACAUGAGGUCCCAGUGUGAGGUCAGAGCCUACAUGAGGUCCCAGUGUGAGGUCAGAGCCUACAUGAGGUCCCAGUGUGAGGUCAGAGCCUACAUGAGGUCCCAGUGUGAGGUCAGAGCCUACAUGAGGUCCCAGUGUGAGGUCAGAGCCUACAUGAGGUCCCAGUGUGAGGUCAGAGCCUACAUGAGGUCCCAGUGUGAGGUCAGAGCCUACAUGAGGUCCCAGUGUGAGGUCAGAGCCUACAUGAGGUCCCAGUGUGAGGUCAGAGCCUACAUGAGGUCCCAGUGUGAGGUCAGAGCCUACAUGAGGUCCCAGUGUGAGGUCAGAGCCUACAUGAGGUCCCAGUGUGAGGUCAGAGCCUACAUGAGGUCCCAGUGUGAGGUCAGAGCCUACAUGAGGUCCCAGUGUGAGGUCAGAGCCUACAUGAGGUCCCAGUGUGAGGUCAGAGCCUACAUGAGGUCCCAGUGUGAGGUCAGAGCCUACAUGAGGUCCCAGUGUGAGGUCAGAGCCUACAUGAGGUCCCAGUGUGAGGUCAGAGCCUACAUGAGGUCCCAGUGUGAGGUCAGAGCCUACAUGAGGUCCCAGUGUGAGGUCAGAGCCUACAUGAGGUCCCAGUGUGAGGUCAGAGCCUACAUGAGGUCCCAGUGUGAGGUCAGAGCCUACAUGAGGUCCCAGUGUGAGGUCAGAGCCUACAUGAGGUCCCAGUGUGAGGUCAGAGCCUACAUGAGGUCCCAGUGUGAGGUCAGAGCCUACAUGAGGUCCCAGUGUGAGGUCAGAGCCUACAUGAGGUCCCAGUGUGAGGUCAGAGCCUACAUGAGGUCCCAGUGUGAGGUCAGAGCCUACAUGAGGUCCCAGUGUGAGGUCAGAGCCUACAUGAGGUCCCAGUGUGAGGUCAGAGCCUACAUGAGGUCCCAGUGUGAGGUCAGAGCCUACAUGAGGUCCCAGUGUGAGGUCAGAGCCUACAUGAGGUCCCAGUGUGAGGUCAGAGCCUACAUGAGGUCCCAGUGUGAGGUCAGAGCCUACAUGAGGUCCCAGUGUGAGGUCAGAGCCUACAUGAGGUCCCAGUGUGAGGUCAGAGCCUACAUGAGGUCCCAGUGUGAGGUCAGAGCCUACAUGAGGUCCCAGUGUGAGGUCAGAGCCUACAUGAGGUCCCAGUGUGAGGUCAGAGCCUACAUGAGGUCCCAGUGUGAGGUCAGAGCCUACAUGAGGUCCCAGUGUGAGGUCAGAGCCUACAUGAGGUCCCAGUGUGAGGUCAGAGCCUACAUGAGGUCCCAGUGUGAGGUCAGAGCCUACAUGAGGUCCCAGUGUGAGGUCAGAGCCUACAUGAGGUCCCAGUGUGAGGUCAGAGCCUACAUGAGGUCCCAGUGUGAGGUCAGAGCCUACAUGAGGUCCCAGUGUGAGGUCAGAGCCUACAUGAGGUCCCAGUGUGAGGAGCCUACAUGA